ACUGGGCUGCUCGGGCUGGGGCACCGCCCCUGCGCUUCGCGCACACCCGGAAGCGUCCUAGUCCAGUGGAGCCCGGCGGGCGUGGGAAUCCGGGCUGGGCCAAGGCCGCCAGGAGGCAAGAUGGCGACUGGGCCAAAUGGGCUCGACGAGUGGGUGGGCAGCGCAUACCUGUUUGUGGAGUCCUCGCUGGACAAGGUGGUCCUAUCUGAUGCCUAUGCUCACGCCCAGCAGAAGGUUCCGGUGUACAGGGCUCUGCGGAAUGCACUGACAGCACUCCUUGCCCAAGACCCCUCCCCAGUACCUACCUUUCGGGGGGGGGCCCUUUCCUAUCUCAGGGCAGAGGCCACAGGAAGCUGAAACGUGUUGGGGGAUCCGCCUCCUUCCUGGGCAGCGGGAGCCACAGUUGGUAGAGGCCGAAGACCUGAGACCUCUUGUUCCUCUGCUGCCCCGCGGGCCGCCUACCCAGACGGCUUAGCUGCCCUGGGCACACGCCCCUCUCUGUACUGCAAAGCCUCUCGCCACGUCCCUUUUGCCUACCCUCAUUUGGGGCUUCAAGGAUGGGGCUGGGGUGGCACCCACUCCGUCUUAGGGUGCUCCCUGUGGUAGGUUCUGGCCUUCAUUUUGGAUUGUUGCUGUGUGCAUCCCAAUUUUGUUUCCCAGCUGGGAGCUAGGGUCAGGGAGGGAGUCUGCGUGGGCUUCACUCCACUAUGGCCGCUUGGAGAACGGCCCCGCAUGGGGACCGCCUGUCGCCUGACUGUCCGCCUCCUCAGAGAGUGGCGGGAGCCCGGACGUGCUGCAGAUGCUCAAGAUCCACCGCAGCGAGCCGCAGCUGAUUGUGCAGUUACGUUUCUGCGGGCGCCAGUCCUGCAGCCGCUUUCUCCGCGCUUACCGCGAGGGGUCGCUGCGCGCCGCGCUGCAGGGGUGCUUGGGGGCGGCUCUCGCCCUGCCCUCGGUGCCGCUGCAACUGGAGCUGCGCGCCGGCGCGGAGCGGCUGGACACCUUGCUGACGGAUGAGGAGCGCUGUUUGAGUUGCAUCUUCGCCCAGAAGCCUGACCGGCUCCGGGACGAGGAACUCUCGGAGUUGGAGGACGCACUCCGGAAUCUGACAUGUGGCUCGGGGAGCCAGGGUGGCGACAUGGAGGUCGUUCCAGCGCCCUCGCAGUCCCUGGCCACCUCUCUCUCAGAGGAGAAGCCACCACCGCCGCUGCCGUCUGGCCAGACUUUUCUGUUCCAGGGUCAGCCCAUAGUGAACCGGCCGCUGAGCUUGCAGGACCAACAGACGUUCGCGCGCUCAGUGGGUCUCAAAUGGCGCAAAGUGGGGCGCUCCCUACAGCGAGGCUGUCGUGCGCUGCGGGACCCGGCGCUCGACUCACUGGCCUAUGAGUAUGAGCGCGAAGGGCUGUACGAGCAGGCCUUCCAGCUGCUGCGGCGCUUUGUGCAGGCCGAAGGCCGCCGCGCCACGCUGCAGCGCCUGGUAGAAGCCCUUGAGGAGAACGAGCUCACCAGCCUGGCAGAGGACUUGCUGGGCCUCGCGAAUUCCGAUGGCAGUCUGGCCUAACCUGAGUACCAGAAAAAGGGGGGAUCGGCCAGUUGCCCAGCAGCGUUUGGAGCACCCGGAUGACCCUAGGGUCCCUUCUGCUGCUAUUGCGGAGCUCCUGUCCAUCCACGGGACUCUGAGACCACACCGAUAACCCCACUUAGCCCAGCUGUUGGAGCUGCUGGGUAGUGUUGAUGGCUUUCUCCAGGAAUUGGGCAAGCACCCACCAUUCCUGUUGGGGUGCCAUUGGGGAUUUGGCCUCAGAUACUGUGAUAUGGACAAAGUGCAUGGGUGACCUGCUCCAGCGGUCUGCCCACCCCAAAUGAGGGGCUUCUGGCCAGCCCUUACCUCUUCACUCAUUGAACAACUAACUCAUUAAGCACUUGCUGUGUCCUAGCCAUCAUCCCGGGCGCUGCAAAUACUGUGGUGAGCAAGAUACACGAAACCUGCCUGCCCCCAGUUCAUACUCAGUGUUGGACUGCAGAUUUUAAGCAACAGCAAUAAAAUAUUACCCGUUCUUUUAA